AGACACAUUCAAAAAUAUAUUCGUUAGCGGAAGAAUUUAAUCAACUCAAAACGUUCUAUCAAACAAAUAAUGAUUAUGAGUUAGAAUUGAAGAAAACAUUCGAGAUAAAAGAAUCUUCUUUUAAAAAUAAUAUUGCUCAACAUACAAUUAAUGAAAAUAAUGAAGAGCAAGAAAUUAAUGAAGAAGUAACAAUUUGUCUAGAUCAGCAGGAAAAUGAG